AUGGAGCACCCCGACAUCGCCAGCCAGGAUUCCGAUGGCUCGGGCUCCUCGGAUGAGUUUCCCUCACAAUAUCCUUUGAGGGCCAACUCAUCCUUCGUGGAAGCCUUUGAUCCGCAAAUCCAGACACCUGCCACCACAAUCACCUCCUCUCCCCCAUCAGCCCAUUCCCCUAAUCUAACCUCAUGGUCUACUACACCGUCAACACGUCCACGAGGGGCUAGUGUUGGAGCAUCUUUAGCACUCGAGGCACCCGAUGGCCUGGCGAUGUCUGCAGAUCCGCGACAGCGUCCCUCCGCCCCCGCGAGGACCCCAUCCAAUACAUAUGCUCCCCAGCGACGACCACCACAAUACAUCAGUCUUCAGCAAACCGACCGGGCGCGCUCCGCUUCAGCGAAACGCGGUACCCGACGCGACCCGAAUGCCCAAUAUCGUGCCCAGGAAAAGGCGUAUGUGCAGAGGAUUCGCGCCAAUCCGCAGGCUUGGUCCCAUCACUUCAACGACACUCAGGCGAACAACAUGAUGCUUGGCGAUGCAGAUCUAGAGGAACCCUCUCCUUCAUCUGAGGCGCCUUUCGAAGAUGACCCCUACGACCCCGAUACCCAACUCUUUCUUCCACACGAUAAUCUGCCCACAACGGAAGAACUACGCCACCCCAAAAACCAAGAGCGUCUCGAAUGGCAUUCUAUGUUAGCUUCGGUUUUGAAGGGAGAUGUGGUCAAACAAGAGAAACAACGAUUGCUGGGGUCCACAGAAUCCAACCGAUCAGCGGCUUUGAGCCAAGCUCUUUGGAUCGGUGUUAAGGCGAGAACAUGUGGACGGAGUCUUCCUCUUCAGCAAAAGAUCAUUGAAGAUUCCCGCCGCCAACUAGGUCCCAAUAUUGAGGACAUCAUCAACUUCCAGAUCAAGGGUGAAACUGAAAUUGGAAAGGCACCAGGGCAGCAAGUGAAAGAUGUCGUGGAGAAAAUCGAGCGCUGCGAGAGACUGUAUUCCACCCGGAAGGAAAUGGAAGUUGCCAAUCCUCGCGCAGCUUCGGAAGAAUACUACUCGAGCCAUGAAGCGAUCUUUGCCUGGCACAACAUCACAGCCCUCAUUAAUACAGAAUUGGCUGUAUUGCAAAGCUGGGUCGGCAACGAUGCCCUCGACUUCAGUCAGUCUAGACCAAAACCGUAUGGUAGCGAUUUGUCUGAUGAUCUUUCCUUCUUGGAUCGUAUUAUGAAGGAAGACGGUCUGAAGACACUUCAGGGUGAUCAUAGCAUGCUUCAGGGUAUCGGCGAGGUUAUUCAGAAGGCCAAGAGCACUUUGAUCGAGAAUUCGGAAGCCUUUGCGAUACGCCAUCUACCACCUUAUAUUGAAGAACUUCUCACACUUAUCAACUUCCCUUCACGCUUGAUUCAAGAAAUCAUUCGCGUCCGCCUAUCAUACGCGAAGAACAUGAAAGACCCGGCUCAGCAGUCACCAAUCCUGGUAGACCAAAUGAUCUCGCAAUUCCAGAUCUUGAUGAAACUAGCCGUUGAAAUCAAGCAACGCUAUCUGGCCAUCUCAAUUCCUCAGCCCGGCUGGGAUCUACCACCUUGUGUCGAUGAAAACUUUGAUUCGGUGGUUCUCGAUGCCAUGAAGUACUAUUUCCGUCUCCUGAACUGGAAACUCAACGCCAACAAGAACACAUUCAAAGAAGCCGAAAUUUUGGAGCAGGAGUGGGAGUACUCUUAUGAUAUUGGACGACAACUUGAAAGUGGCGAUGUCGAGGUGGCUGAGCAGUUCAGUGCUUUAACUGCCAAGUCCCUUCAACGACUUAUGAUCCACUUUGAGCGUGAGCUUGUACCGCGAGAUAAUGAAACUGUCGCGGACAUGGACAAGCGUUAUAAAAGUAUUUUGGACUCUACGCGUAUUCGUCAACGGAAGCUCUACCGAUUCUCGAGAUUUUUGUGCCAGUUGUUUGAGAAUGCCACUGAGUAUAACAUCACUACUGAUAUUGCAUACGAAUUUUUUGAGGCUUUGCUCAUUUCAGACCACUUCCUGGUCACCUCACCUAACUCGGUUGGCCAGAAAGGCGUCUAUUUGAUUGCCCACCAUUCAUUAUGGGACCGCCCGACUGAUAUCCAAGGCAUUCUCGCUACAUCCUUCCGGGAAGAUGGCAUCACCCCGGAUGUUCCUCAGAUCCCAUAUGUCCUUGUCAUUCGCCCAGAAAAGCCAAUGGCUUGGGCAGGAAAAGAGAUGCAGAUUGAUAUCUUGGAGCAGCCCACGGAUGUCCGCCUUGGUAAGCUUCGACUUGUUGUCGAGGGUUUGCAAGAGCGAUUGCAGAAUGCAAGAUUAGAGUUGACGCAUCUCACCGGUAUUCAAUUGGACAUGGCAAUUGAGCAGCGAGCUAACCUUGGUCGUGUAAACGUGGAGUUGAACAAGAUCAAGAAGAUCUCUUUCAAGCUUUCCAUGGCAAUCAUGGACAGUGUGGCUGUUCUUAAAAAGCAAUUGCGAGACAAGACGUGGGAAAACAAUGAGCUGAUUCAAGCUUGUUACGCUUUUGCAACCGAGUUUGGAAAGCGUUCCUCCAACUACGUCGAUGCCAACAGACGCGCUAUGAACAGUGCCCGCUUAGUGGAGCUAUCCCUCGAUUGGGUCUCUUUCAUCUGUGAUGAGUGUGAUGCUGCCGACCGGAAAACGUUCAAAUGGGCGGUUGCUGCCCUUGAAUUUGCAAUGGCUAUCACUUCUAGCCGCCAUCUUCUCUCUCUGGAUGAGGAACAGUUUGCCCGUCUCCGACUGAAAGUUGCAGGCUGUAUGUCUCUUCUCAUCUCUCAUUUCGAUAUCAUGGGUGCUCGAUCAUCCCUCGCAGCCCAAGCAGAAAAACAGCGAAUGGAGGAGCGGGCCGGAGCCCGGAAGGCUGGCGUUGGCCGGAUUUUGAGCGAUGAAGAAGCAUCCAAGCUUAUCCGUGACCAACGGUUUGCCCGUGUGACCGAGAUUGAAGACAGUAGAGUUGAAGAGUCUGCCAAACGCCAAGCAUUGGGAAGGGUGCUGGAAGGUUCCAACGAGGCCGACCGUUCUCUUACUGUCCUCUCAUCAUCUGCCACUAAUGUUAACUUGCGUUGGCAGCAAGGCCAGUUUAUUGGUGGUGGUACAUUUGGAUCCGUCUAUGUUGCUAUCAAUCUUGACAGCAAUUACCUGAUGGCUGUCAAGGAGAUCCGCUUGCAGGAUCCUCAGCUGAUCCCCAAGAUCGCGCAACAAAUUCGCGAUGAAAUGGGUGUGCUUGAGGUAUUGGAUCACCCGAACAUUGUCUCCUACCAUGGUAUCGAAGUGCAUCGUGACAAGGUUUAUAUCUUUAUGGAGUAUUGUUCAGGUGGCUCGCUUGCCAGCUUACUGGAGCAUGGUCGGGUUGAGGACGAAACAGUAAUCAUGGUUUAUGCGCUCCAACUCGUGGAGGGGCUGGCCUAUUUGCACCAAGCAGGUAUUGUGCAUCGGGACAUUAAGCCCGAGAACAUCCUUCUGGACCACAAUGGUAUUAUCAAAUACGUGGAUUUCGGUGCAGCCAAGAUUAUCGCUCGAUCAGGCCGCACAGUGGCUCCAUCGGACGGGCCUAACGGUAACAAAGACCCCCUCAUUGGGAAGGAUGCCCAGAUUACGAAUCAACGUAAGACCCAAAAGACCACUACUGGUACCCCCAUGUACAUGUCGCCGGAAGUGAUCCGUGGUGACUCUGCCCACACUCAAAGCGCCGUGGACAUUUGGUCUUUGGGCUGUGUGAUCCUCGAAAUGGCCACCGGCCGCCGGCCAUGGUCUACCCUUGAUAACGAAUGGGCAAUCAUGUACAACAUCGCCCAAGGCAACCAACCUGCUCUCCCAAGCCGUGACCAGCUGAGCGAAAUGGGCCUUGAGUUCCUGCGACGCUGCUUUGAAUGUGAUCCCCUUCGCCGAAUUACGGCUGCUGAACUUCUUCAGCAUGAGUGGAUUGUCUCCAUCCGCCAACAGAUAGUGGUUGAGCCUUCCACCCCCAGCAGUGAAGCCGGGGGUAGCUACAGUAGCUCCGGCUCGAACAGCCGGCAGAAUUCAACCUAUGGAGGAUUCUGA